AUGACUCAAACAAAAUCACACAAGUCCAAAGACUUGAGCCACUUAUUAUCAGCUGAAGCUAAAUCAAGACAAAACUCACCAUUAAAAGAUGCUUUCAAAUAUUAUAAAUUACCUGGAAUGACAUUCUUGGGUGGUGGUUUACCAUUGUCAGACUAUUUUCCUUUCAAUAAAGUCACAGCAGAUAUCCCAACUCCAUCUUUCACAAAAGGUAUAGGUGAACCUUUAACUGAAGAAAGUAAGACAACUAUUGAAGUGUUCAAAAAAGCUGAUUUAAAUACUCCAAACCAAGUUGAAUUAUCUAGAUCUUUACAAUAUGGUUACACCGAAGGUCAGCCUGAAAUUAUUAGCUUUUUAAAAGAGCAUACUGAUGUUGUGCACAAAGUACCUUAUGAAGAUUGGGAUUUAAUUGCAAGUGUUGGUAAUACCGAAUCUUGGGAUUCAACAUUGAGAACAUUUUGUACAAGAGGUGAUUCCAUUUUAGUUGAAGAAUAUUCUUUUUCAUCGGCUUUAGAGACUGCAAAUGGUCAAGGUAUAAACACAGUUCCUGUAACUAUGGAUGAAUAUGGUAUCAUCCCAAGUGCAUUAGAAAAAUUACUAGCAAACUGGACUGGUAACAAACCAAGAUUAUUAUAUACAAUUUCAACAGGUCAAAACCCAACAGGUUCUUCAUUAAGUGCUGAAAGAAGAAAAGAAAUUUAUGAAAUUGCUUGUAAGUAUGAUAUAAUAAUAGUUGAAGAUGAACCUUAUUAUUUCUUACAAAUGGAAACAUAUACCAAGGAUAAAGAAGCUAGAGAAGGAAAAACUGUUCAUGGACAUGAAGAAUUUUUAAAAGCUUUGGUUCCAUCUUUUAUUUCACUCGAUGUAGAAGGAAGAGUAAUAAGAUUAGAUUCAUUCUCAAAAGUUUUAGCUCCGGGAUUAAGAUUCGGUUGGAUUGUUGGUCAACAAAAAUUAUUAGAAAGAUAUGUAAGAUUACAUGAAGUUUCAAUACAAUGUCCUUCAGGAUUAACUCAAUCUAUGACAAAUGCAUUACUUCAAAGUUGGGGUCAAUCAGGUUAUUUGGAUUGGUUAAUUGGUUUGAGAGCAGAAUAUACACACAAAAGAGAUGUUGCUAUUGACUCAUUAGAAGAAUAUUUUCCAAAAGAAGUUUGUUCAUAUGUACCACCGGUAGCAGGUAUGUUCUUCACUGUUAAUAUAGACGUGUCUAAACAUCCAAAAUUUGAAGAAUUGGGAGAAGAUCCAAUACAAAUUGAAUCAUUGAUUUAUGAACAAGGAAUAAAGCAAGGAUCAUUAAUGAUUCCAGGCUCAUGGUUUAAAUCAGAAGGUCAAUCAACUCCACCUCAAAAAAAUUUACCAACUAAUCCUGCUCAAAAAACUCAUGUUUUUUUUAGAGGUACUUAUGCUGCUGUUCCAUUAGAUCAAUUAGUUCUCGGAUUACAGAAAUUUGGUAAAGCUGUUAAAAUUGAGUUUGAUUUGGAGUAA